AUGUGCGCCUGCGCUUCUGCCUGCAGCUCUUCAAGUGCUGGACUCGCGUUGGCUCCUCCCCUUCGCUAUAGUGCGCCUGAGCUUUCUAGCGCCUUCCCCCCGCGUGCUUCGGAGGCAGCGGAUGUUUUCUCCUUUUCUCUGCUUGCGGCGGAAAUUCUCGGUGCCAGAGGCCUCCCCACGUGCAAGGAUGGUGAACUUCAAGACCAUCAGCAGCAGGCACCAGAAAUUCAACAAGCAGCCCUCACUGCUGUACAGACGUCGCAUGGCGUUUUUGACUAUACUGCGCACCGCACGCUUUUCCUGCCCAGAGUUCUCUCACUCAUUGCAAAUGCAGAGUCUUCAGCAGUUCGCUUGGCGGGAUUGGAAGCUUUGCGAUCGAUGGGGUCUUCUUUUGAUCGGGAUACAGUGGAGGCGCAAAUUCUCCCUGUGCUCCUGCAGGUAGAUGAAGACCGACAGCGCCACUUCGCUGUCAAGGCAGAGCAACAGUCCGCAGUGGAUGCUGCACUGCCUUCCAGCCAAGAGACUCCCUCACUCCCGGCAGUUUCUCUAGAGGGGCUUCUCGCGACAGCCAGUCUUCCAGUCCCCCCUUCUUUGUCUCUUCCGAGCGGAAAAGGAGGCCUCCUGCACAGCCUCCCCACCCCGCCGAAGCCUCCCCCCCCUCCGCCAGCCUCGACAUGCCUUACACCCCAGUAUGCGAGUAACAGCACCUCAGGACUGCAUCGUCAACACCAAGGAGCGCUAAGCGAGGCUGCUGAGCAGAUGCUCCCGUCUCUGAAUGCUCGCUUGCCGGAGCAUAAAUUCCCAGCUCCCCGCGGCAACACUAGCGGCGCCGAGAAAAACUCCCCAUCAAGGGCUUCAGAAGAAUGCUCUGAACUCGACAUGAUCCUUGCUGCUGCCUCUGCGGCGAUACCUCAAAACAAGCCGUCGUAA